CCCGGCUCCGGGCGGAUGACCGCAGCACGGAGGCAAACCCGCGCCGAUCUGCUGCCGCCGAAUGAAAUAAAUGAGGUUCCAUUUUUUGAUAUCCAGCUGCCCUAUGAACUGGCGUUGAAGAUAUUUCAGUACCUGGGUAAGGCUGAACUGGGAAGAUGUGCUCAGGUCAGCAGGACAUGGAAAGUACUUGCAGAAGAUGAAGUGCUGUGGUACCGGUUGUGCCAGCAGGAAGGAUAUCUAUUAGAUACCAGCAUCUCGGAUCGUUCCUGCUGGAAGCUCGCCCUUAAGGACUGCCGUGCCAAAGAACGCACUUUGAGAACCAACUGGAAGAACCGCAUUGGUGCUGUGAGCCAGCUGCAGUACGAGCUGGGAAAGAUUCUCUGUGAUGUCCAUUCCUGUGAUGGAGUUGUUAUUGCUGGAUACACAUCAGGCGAAGUGAGGUUGUGGGACACGCGCACCUGGGACUACACAGCCCCCAUCCUGGAACCAGUGCACGGUCCUGACGAUGCUGGACCUCCGCCACACGUCUGCUUUGUGAGGAUAAACAGCUCUCUGGCUGCGGCGGCUUAUGAGGAUGGAACUGUUAGCGUUUGGAGCCUGAUGGUAGGACGGGAGCCCAUCCACCGUUACCAGCACAAUCAGAGGAUUCAGGCUUUGGCUCUGGGGUCGGAGGGUGCAGCGGUAGCGACGGCAUCUGGCUUCGAAGUCAAAGUGGAAAGCCCUAAUGACAGGGGAUUCUGGCAAACUACAGAAACCUUUGAAAUCCAGAAGUUGGUCAACUUCCUUAAUCUGGUUCCAGAUGUUACGGGGAGUGCGGUGGCAGUAGCAGCUGCGGAAGAUGUGGUUUAUCUCCUGAAAUCAGAAGAUCCCGGCAAAGUUCUCCAUUCUGUUUAUGGUCAGCCUGUCACAUGUCUUGAUGUGUCUGCUAAUGAAGCAGCCUUUGGGGUCAAAAGCUUUGGCUGGUUAUUGAAUGAGCCCAACCAGAUUCUUCUUUAUAAUCUGGAAACAAGUCAGUGUCUAAAGAAGCUGGGCAACUCAUUGGGUGACUUUACAUGUGUCAACCUCCAGGACAGUCCUCCAAACAUGCUCGUUACAGGCAAUAAGGACAGAAGGGUCAGGGUGUACGAUCUCCGCCAAAGCGAAUCCCUGUGCUCCCUCUACGCCCACCACCUAGGGGUGUCUGCGGUGCAGAUGGACGACUGGAAGGUUGUGAGCGGCGGAGAGGAGGGCUUGGUCUGCGUGUGGGACCAGCGGAUGGGCACCAAACUCUGGGAAAUGCACGCCAGACAUCCAGUCCGCCAUUUAUGGUUUAAUUCUCAUAGUCUCAUCACUGCGAAUAUCCCCGAUGAGAAAACCCCCCGGGGCGCCAGCAUCCUGGACGAUGACCUAACCGCACACCGCAAGCAUCGAGGAAUCAUCUACGCCUACGAGUUCUCGGCGGACCAGCUGGCUGUAGAAAGCGUCCUUCCUAUUUGCCGCUCUUCCUACGAUGAAGUGACUGGUUACAACUACAACAUUGGUCUCGCGGUUCCCUAUGAUAACAUUUAGGUAGCUCACUUUCAGUUGGCUUCUGUGGUCCAGCUCCCUGCCGAGCACGUGGCCAAAGGGAAAAAGGGACAACGGCCAAAAGGUUGCGUCGGCUGCAGGCGCGUUUCAUGGGCUGCGCCUUUGCUGAAAACUUGGGGCGUGAGCAAGAACGGAGAGUACGGCUGCCCUCAAGGGCUAAAUAAGACUAAAAUAUGUAGCUAUGCAAACGUUCAAAGGUUCGCUGUUGGAGCGGAGAGACCAAAGAGCGAAGGGGAACAGUAUGCCUCUGCGUAAACAAAAUUGGUCGUUCCCACUGCCUGUGGGAAAAAUGCUGCUGAUCCCGUCUUGGCAGCGGACGUGCUUUGGUCAGGGAGCAAGAGCCCUGAGCGGCAAGCGGCUGUGAUCAGGGGAGGCUGGGAGCACACCGGGGAGUUUGCGCCCUUUGGAUGCCUGCCUACCCGGAGGAAAAAAGAAAAACAAGGACUUGGAAGAAGUAUCUUGCUGUGUCACAUGUUUGAAAUUUCUUUCCUUAAAAUGAGCUGCUGAUUCUUUUUUUCCUUCAAGCGCAUCUGAACGUGUCUGGAAAAAGCCGAAAGGCUGCCUUGCUCGUGAGAGGGGAGGUGGAUGGAGAGGGAGGGGAAGGCUGGCCUCGUCCCGGCUGGAUGCUGGGAAACUCAGCGCCUCAAGUUUGUUUUUAAAUAAAUUAUUUUUUAAAAAUCUCUAAAAUUCUAGAUUAAAUGUUUUCUAAUGGUAUGUGUAUACAUGUGUUUGUGGCUUUUUGUUCUCAUGUCUUUUAAGGUGAACUGUGCAUUGAAGAAAAGGCCAUUGUGUCCCUGGCUAGUUGUAAGGUACCUUCUGUGUUGGAUCAGACCCUUCCACUGAGUCUGAAGGCUUCGUGAGAUGGCCUUAACUUGCGUUUCUGGGAGCAUCCUUCCUUCAGAGCUGGGAACUGAUCGUGUUGGUUUGAUGAAGCAGAGGGAUCCCUCUGCAUGGGUGUUCGCACUAACGCUUGGGAGAAGCAUUCAGGCUGAAGGAUAUAAUGUGGUUCUUGCGGGGACACUGAGGACUUAAGCUUUAUCUUAAACACAGAAGUUGCACUGACAUGGCUAGAACCAGUUUGGCUGAAGAAGUGCUGAAGUCCCAUACCGAUAUGUUUUACUGGUUUUUAUGGUUGUGACUUGCACUUGUAAAUUUACUGGUGCAAUCCAAAGCAAUAUAAAUCAAGUUGAGAUUGAAUCAAGUUGUAAUGCCUUUUUGGUGGCUUAAUGAAAUCGGUUUAAAAGUACACUUGGUUAAAUCCCUGUGAAUUGGUGUUCAGGGGAGAUGUGCCGGAACCCGGUGUCUGAGAGGAACUGGCUGGACUGAGACACGCAGGAGUUGCUUGGGCCAGUGCACUGAGGCAAUUCCUGGAGACCCCAGCCUGCUUUUGCCUGGAAAGGGAAACAGUUCAUGAUCAUUGUAUUUGGCUUGCGGUGGUUUCCCAUGACCCCUAAGCCAACUUCCGUGGGCGUGUUUGGUUUUAAAGUUUCCUUUUCCUCCUGAUGGGCUGUUGUAAGAAAUGCAAAGGGGGAAGUCAUUCAGUCUGACCAAUAAAUUUUAUCUUUUCAAGAA